UGUGAACAGAGAAGAAGGAGAAGAAGAAGAAGCUGCUGUUCACGCUGAGGCACUUGACGUGAUAUCAAAGAGGCGACAUUUCUGCUGACAUGGAAGGCUGUGGAGACAUCCAAGUGAAGGAGCUGAACAAGCGUGCUUCUGGUCACGCGUUUGAGGUCAUCCUGAGUCCCACAACCCCAGAUGCCAAGUGCAAAUCCCCGUUCCCAUUGUCCCCCCUGAAGAAAAAGCCAACUUCACUGGAUGAGAUUAAGAGGAAAUUGGAAACCGCAGAAGAGAGACGCAAGAGCCACGAGGCUGAGGUGCUGAAACACCUGGCGGAGCAACGAGAGCACGAGAAGGAGGUCAUCCAGAAGGCCAUAGAAGAAGACUACAACUUCAGCAAGAUGGCACAAGAGAAACUCAAUCAAAAGAUGGAGGCAAACAAAGAGAACCGCACUGCAAGGAUGGCAGCCCUCAAUGAGAAAUUCAAGGAGAAGGACAAGAAGCUGGACGAAGUGAGGAAGAACAAGGAGGCAAUGAAAGAAGACAGUUAAUUUGUUUAGGAUCUGGAAAACAGUCUUUACAUCUCCAAAAAUAAGCUUUAUUUUUUAAACUGACACUUCUAUCGUCAUGUUUGUUGUGUUAGUUCUGCUGUUGAAUAAAGUUGGUUACACAAUGUUAGAUCGGGUGUGGAUAUAGUCAGAUUUUACUUCACUUGUAGAUUUGUUAUUGGCAGCUGAUUAGUUAUUGUGGUACAAACUAUAUUUUUUUACAAAGAGGCAUUACUUUGUAACAAAUUCUUCCUUUAAUUCAUGCUGUUGAAAUGAACAUGUUUUGUAUGGUUGAUGAUGUUGCAUGUUAAUAUUACUGUAUGAUACACAGGUUCAACCAUUAAACUAUAUUCCCAAAUUA